AUGGACUUCUUCACAUCCCGGGGCGACCAUGCACCACCAACCGAAACCAAUACACAUAUUGCACCACCGCGGCGGAAAAUCAUCGUUGCUCUCACAGGUGCAACAGGAUCAAUAUUAGGGAUCCAAACACUCAUUGCAUUGCGUAGUCUCAAUGUCGAAACACAUCUCAUUAUCUCCAAAUGGGCUGAAGCUACUAUCAAAUACGAGACCGACUACACCAUUCCCAACAUCCGGGCCCUUGCCGACCAUGUCUACAGUGCCAACGAUAUGUCUGCUCCAAUAGCAAGCGGAUCCUUUCGGGUGGAUGGAAUGAUUGUCGUCCCAUGCAGUGUGAAAACACUUGCUUCGAUAAACUCAGGAAUUUGUGACGACCUCAUCUCUCGUGCUGCCGACGUGAUAUUGAAAGAACGGCGGAGACUGGUUCUUGCAGUAAGAGAAACACCAUUGAACUCAAUUCACUUGCAAAACAUGCUCUCUGUGACACAAGCUGGAGCUAUUAUUUUUCCACCGGUACCGGCAUUCUACAUCAAGCCAUCUUUGGUGGAAGACUUGAUCAACCACAGUGUGGGGAGGAUGUUGGACUUGUUUGAUCUCGAUACAGCUGCUUUCGAAAGGUGGGAAGGUUGGAAGAAGUGA